AUGUCUUCUUCAGUCGCUGAGCCUGCCGGGAUGAUGAAGAAAAGCUACCGUCGUCAGAAAUCUCAGAGAUUAUGGGCUAAGCUGGUGAUGAGAAAGUGGUUGAACAUAAGUGCUAGAGAUCCUGAGUACGGUGCCGAUACUGAAGACGAAUCCGAAAACGAAGACGUUGGAGAGGAGAACGAAGACUCCAGCUCCGACGAUGAUGAUGGUGGAGAAUCAAACACGCGAGAAAGAAGAGAAUCGACUCAAUCGAGGGUUUGUGAGAACGCGGAGGAUGCUAUCGCCGCCGCUUCCGCCACUGUAGACGCAGCCGCAGCUGCCGCGGAGUUUAUUAGCAACGAUGCUCCAUUGAAGUUAAGGAGAAGGAAUUCGGAAACACUAAGAGCACAGUACAUUAACAACAAAGAAAUAAGUUUACAAGAGAUUGUACCUUUGAAUGCUGGAAACAUUCUUGGAGCUGAAGACAAUAGACCGGUGGCGAAAUGGGAAGAAGUGAUCAGAGAAGCAUUGAACAGAGUUAGACCCAAAAACUCGGCGGUUAAGAGUUACAGUGAUCCACCAUCUCCGGGAAGAUUCAAGCCUUUUGAGGAAACACACGAUGUUAUAGAGGAAGAAGUAGCUUACGAGACUGAUAGCGACGCCGGGGUUGAGAUUCACCCGAUAGACGAGGAAGAAGAGGAAGAAGAAGAAAGCGAAACCCUCGGGGAGCUAAAGCAUGACGGUGGAGUUAUCGGCGAAGUCAACACCCUCGUUGACCCGAAUUCCGGUUUGCCUGUUAUUGAGAUUAAGAGACAGUUCUCUUCUAAAAAGCUAGACAGACAAGUAUGCUUACGUGUUGAUAGCUUGGAGAAGAGGAACAACAACAACAACAACAACAACAACGAGGAUUCCUCUGAAACCGGCAUGAAAACGCUAAACCGGAUGCUAAGUGGGAAAGAAAGGAUCGGUUUGAGCUGGCCUGAGCCGCCUCUGAACAUGUUAGGACCGACUUGCGUUCUCGAUAGACAGCCUUCGAUAAAGACAGCGAAGUCUUUAAAAACAGCAAAGUCUUUUAAAGCCUACAGUUCGUUCAAGUCCGUAGCCGGAAACAACAUCGGGAUUCCCCCGGAGGUAUUGGCUUUAGCGGAAAUGGACCUGAAGUUGCUUAUGGAGAGGAAACGAAGACCGGCUUAUGUGAGGCUAGUGAGUAAACAAAUGGUCGGUGUUCUUUUGACCAUUUGGGUUAAACGAAGCCUGCGCAAACACAUUCAAAACGUUAGAGUCUCUACUGUUGGAGUUGGCAUCAUGGGAUAUAUUGGUAACAAGGGAGCUGUGUCUGUGAGUAUGUCGAUAAACCAGACGUUCUUCUGUUUCAUUUGCACGCAUUUGACUGCCGGAGAAAGAGAAGUUGAUCAGAUCAAGAGGAACGCCGAUGUUCACGAGAUACAUAAACGAACAGUCUUUCACUCUGUCUCAGCUCUUGGACUUCCCAAGCUUAUCUAUGAUCACGAAAGAAUCAUAUGGUUAGGAGAUCUCAACUAUCGGCUAAAUUUAUCGUAUGAGAAAACCAGAGACCUCAUUUCCAAGAAAGAAUGGUCCCAUUUACUUGAAUAUGACCAGCUGGUAAAAGAAUACAAGAAAGGUCGAGCAUUUGACGGAUGGUCAGAAGGAACUCUACAAUUUCCACCGACAUAUAAGUACCAAGCACAUUCCGAUGAGUACACCGGAAGCGACGGAAAGGGGACACGGAGGACACCAGCUUGGUGCGACAGAAUACUAUCUUACGGCAACGGGAUGAGGUUGGUUCAUUACCGGCGGACCGAACAGAAUUUCUCAGAUCAUCGUCCGGUUACAGCGAUAUACCUGGCUGAAGUCGAGGUGUUUUCUGCGAGGAAGCUUCAGCGAGCGUUGACAUUUACGGAUGCGGAGAUUGAAGACGAGGGACUUGUGGCCGUACUCGUUUGA